CUCGACUACUGUCCUAAAUGCCUCUAUUAGCACCCUGCAUCGUGAGCGUCAUAACAAAAUCUUUUGCAACCAGAAUCGACUAGUAGAUGCAUCGUUUUGCUUAUAUUAACCGAAAGAAGAUUUAGUUUAAGCACAAUGGCCGUCCAGUUUUGAGCAACCGUAUCCCGAUGACCCGCCAAAACUACUAAGGCUUGAAGAGCCAGUGCUAAUGGCAUCCCCAAAGCCCGGGUGUCCCAAUUGUUGUUGUAGAAUAGCCAAAUCUGCCUAGUUACCUAGCGGACAAGCGUUUUUAUAUUUCGGAGUUUCUGCCCUUUAUCGCCGAUUAUCGAUCAAACAGGCGCUGUCUCAUCCCCCCCUACUACUUCUCCUUGGCUAGCCUCAUCCACGCCCCCAGUUGGUCCGAGCAAUUUAGAUCGCAUUUCUACUCUCGGUAGGAGCGAGACUGUUAUUCGGCUGUUGCGUGGUGACCGCGCACCUCGUUCCAAUAUCGCGAAGAUGGACUUCCUUUCUGCAAAGUCGGCUGAUAUCCAGUCGACCAAGACCAAGGCGGUGGAAGAUGCACGCCAGAUGCAAGUCAGCGUGAUCGAGGAAUGCAAGAAAUCUUCUCGGGAUCCUCCAAAUUAUUUGUUACUGGAAUUGAUUGGGAAAGGAAGCUUUGGGAGAGUCUACAAAGCGAAAGACUUGACUUCCACUGCGGUUGUCGCUGUCAAGAUUAUCGAUAUUGACGAGGGGGACACUUUGAACCCACGCCUCGCCGAUACUUAUUCGGAAUUUAUGAAAGAAGUCAAUGCACUUAAGCUUCUCAGUGAAACAAAGGCCCGGAACAUCAAUCAUGUGAUUGAAGCCCUUCCGGUCGGCAAGGCAAUGUGGAUGAUAACAGAGUACUGCGGCGGCGGCAGUAUUUCUACAUUGAUGAGACCAACACCAAAAGGCCUCCGCGAGCGGUACAUUAUUCCAAUUCUGAGAGAGGUUGCAGAAGCUGUUUAUUGGGUCCACCAAGCUGGUAUCAUUCAUCGAGACUUGAAAUGUGCAAACGUCCUCAUCACUGAAGAGGGUGGCGUUCAGCUUUGCGACUUCGGUGUUGCUGGAAUGAUGGAAACAUCUCUUGAUAAGAGAUCCACAUUCAUAGGAACUAUAAACUGGAUGGCACCCGAGCUUUUUAAUGCAAACCCACAUUAUGGCAAAGAGGUUGAUAUCUGGGCUUUUGGAUCGAUGGCUUACGAAAUGGCCACAGGCCUGCCUCCAAACGCAAGAUCUGGAAUUACCGAUGGCGCUGAAAUGGGAGACUAUCUCAAAGAACACAUCCCACGGCUCGAGGGGAACCAGUAUAGUGAAGGUCUGAAGAAUAUCGUGGCAUAUUGCCUCGAAGAGCGUGUUUCAGACAGGCCGGACAUUCAAUCCGUCCAGAUGCAUCCGUAUAUUUACAACACAAACAACGCAUAUCCAGCGUAUUCUCUUGCUGAACUUGUCAGGGCCUUUAAACACUGGGAGGAAUCUGGCGGCUCUCGAAAGUCGCUUUUCAUGUUGGGAGGUGCGCAAGGUCCAUCCGAUUCGUUUCCAUCUAGCGAAGAUCAAGAUAAUUGGAAUUUCUCCACGACUGCUGCGUUUGAUCAGGCCGUUGGUGAUUCGACCAACCUACAGGACGUCAUAAACGUUUAUGGCAGUUCUGUUGAUCUCAGCACUGAGUUCGCAGAAAAGACUUCCAAGCCCUCCCGCCAGCAACAGGCAAGAGAACGUGGCAGACGCCGCCCUCCACCAGAGUUAUUGAACCCAAUCAAAGCUCCUCUUGAAAAGCUGUUCGAUCCUAAUACAAUCUCCAACUACGAGGAUAACUCAAGGAUACAUUAUGGGCGAGAUUUCGUAAUGCCGGUCUCUGACCUUCCACUCAGAGAAAGAGACGAUACGGCUCAGAUAUCUAUCAGAGAUACGAUGAUCGAUUUGGGCGGGCAUGACAUUGAAACUGGGUUAUCAAGCUUCCCAGAUCUUACUAUCCGACCUGACCGAGAAAUCCGCGCCAUUGAUACUGAUGACACCGAUGACAUCGAAUACAGCUACGACGAUAACACCAUGCAUGGUUUUGGCAGACAACCGUCAUCGGAUUCAGCUGAAAACCCAAACCGUCGCACCCGAGAUUGGAAAUUUCCAUCCGCUCCAGCAGCAUCUUCAGACGUGGAAACAAGCCGUUUCCCAAACACAGCGGCUCCAGCCCGUCCCCCUGUCACGCUGGGGUCCGGCGGUCGCCCAAAGCUUGUGCACCACCCCACAGAACCGCUCGGCGCAGGGUUUAAUAACUUUAUGGCAUCUGCACCCACUUCCCCCAGACAAUCUAUUCGAGAGUCUCUGAUAGACCUUGAUUUCGGCCUUCCGGAUUCCGCACCGGAAUACGUUCCAGACUACGCCCCAGAACCCUCUCGACCAUCUACCGCUGAUUCUACAACAAGUAACGAGUUUGUUUCAGGCAACCCUUUUGAUUUGGAACGCCAUGCGUCGACUAGUUUCCGCAAUGCACCAAGGGAACCCUCUCUGUACCUUCCAGGAGACUCGGGAUUUGCAGGCCAUUUCCGCGCUCGGAGCAAUCUGCAAGAUGUAGCAGACAUAUCUGAUUUCUCUGGCUCGGAUGCCGAGCAAUAUGGCCCACCAAAUGGCCAACACUAUGGCCAGCGAUCCCAACAAAUGUUCGACUACUCCGACGCAGAUUAUUCGCAGCCUCCGAUGAUCGAAAAGCCCUUCAACACCCAGUCAGCGCCGUCCUGGACUACACCUCAGGGCGUAGUCUACGGCAUGGACCGAUUUCCCCCACUGCCAAUUCCGCCUUCUAUGGGGGCACUGGCAGGAACAUCAACGAGCGAAGAAAUGGCAGGCGAGCUCCAACGUCUUCUUGGUGGUCUGACCACACAGCUGGAGGCUUACCGGGAUGUUGCCGAAUCUCUCCCUGCAGGUCAAAACGCACCCAGUCAUCGCGAAAAAACCACUCGGAUGGAGUGAGAUACGCACUGCGUGAUUGUUUUAUAUGGAUUCUCAAAGAGUUCCUAGUACGAUGUUACCAAACCGAUACCAUGGAUGAAUUGUAAUUUUUUUGUCAGCAUUAAAGAGAACUUCUACGAAACGAAUUCAGCGCGCCUCAUGUACGUUAGGUUAAUAAUGAGCAUAUACAUGAACCAAGUGUGCUCAAGGCGGCUAUAAUCAUUGUCGAUUGAUUAGGGAUUGCCUUGGGUUUAUGACUUGACAUGAAAACUUGAUCAGUUAAAUAGAUAGCGAGCGACAUUGUCCACACUUGAGUUUAAUGAAACUUAAAUUUUACUUUAAUUGGCUUUGUACUGAAUAUACCAG